UAUCCUGAUGCCUCUGUUGAAUAAAUUAAAAUGACUGUACACUAGUCACUUUAUAAAAAGAAUUAUAGGAGCUACUUAACUGUUGCUGGGACACCUAUGAGGCGCGAUGGAUUUUGUAAUACUUUUUCUGUCCGUGUUGAUAGUUUUGUUCUCCUUGUACUUUCUAUACCUCCAAAGAAACCAGAACUACCCCCCAGUUAUUAGAGGAUGGAUUCCGUGGAUCGGUGCUGCCUUCGAGUUCAGCAAAGCACCACUGAAUUUCAUAGCUGAAGCAAGAGACAAGUAUGGACCAGUCUUCACUAUUAUUGCUGCUGGAAAGCGACUUACCUUUGUAACUCUACAUGAAGAUUUUCAGACAUUUUUUACAUCGAAGGAUGUGAAUUUUGAGCAGGCGGUUCAAGCUCCUGUCCAGCACACAGCCUCUAUAAGCAGAGACAGCUUUUUAAAGUUCCACCCUGCCUGCAAUACUUUGAUCAAGAGCAGACUAAUCCUGUCCAACCUGCCCUUGCUGUCCAGCCAGCUGUCUGAGGCGUUUGAUGAACAUCUGGAGCUUCUGGGUACUGGGAGCUCUGGAGAACUGUGUGACCUUGUUAGGAGUGCUAUGUACCCUGCUGUAAUGAGCAAUCUUCUGGGCAAAUACAAUUCUCCUGCAAGCCAUUCAGACUUACAGGAGUUUAAGACCAUAUUCCAGACAUAUGAUGAAGGCUUUGAAUAUGGAUCUCAGCUGCCUGGGAUUUUCUUCUGGAAGUGGGCAAAAUCAAAACAGUGGCUCCUUUCCCUUCUGGGCAAAAUGAUUCUUAAGGCAGAAUCAAGCAUCCCUGCAGAAAAAAGCUCUAAGACGUUGCUCCAACAUCUUGUAACCACAAUCACUGAUAGAUAUCUCCCAAAUUAUGGGUUACUCAUGCUUUGGGCAUCACUGGCUAAUGCAAUUCCGAUCUCCUUCUGGUCACUUGCCUUUAUUCUGUCCAAGCCUUCAGUGUAUCAGACUGUCAUGGAAGAGAUUGCAGUUGCCUUUAAUGGGAAAGACAAAAGGAAGACAACUGUGUCCCAGGAGGAGCUGAAGCAGCUUCCAUUCCUGAAGCAGUGUGUUCUGGAAGCAAUCCGUCUAAGGGCCCCAGGUGCCAUAACCAGAAUGGUGGUUCGGCCACUUCAGAUUCAAAAUUAUACCAUCCCAGCAGGAGACAUGUUAAUGCUGUCACCAUUUUGGGCUCACAGGAAUCCCGAGUUCUUUCCCGAACCAGAGGAAUACAAGCCUGAACGGUGGAAGAAGGCCGAUUUAGAAAAGAAUGUUUUCCUGGAAGGCUUUGUGGCAUUUGGAGGAGGCAAAUACCAGUGCCCAGGAAGGUGGUAUGCUUUAAUGGAAAUCCAUAUGUUUGUUGCUUUGGCUCUUUAUAAAUAUGAGUUCACUCUUCUUGAUCCAUUGGCGAAACCAAGCUCUCUUCACCUAGUGGGGACUCAGCAGCCAGUUGGUUCUUGCAGGGUUCAGUACCAACACAGAUAAUGUCUCAAAAUCUCAAAUGGGAUCUGUCUGGUGUUUUGCCCUCCAUCUCAUCAAAGGAUCCUCUUUCCAAAUUCUAAAUUCUUUCCAACUAGAAAAAAAUAGUUUUAACUAAAUAUUUAUGGGAUGUUAUUAUCUGAAGUUUGGGAGGGAUAACAAUGACAAAUUAAUCUCACCCAGCUGUUCGUAAUCACAGUCAUUAUGGAAAUUAGCUAUAAACAAAGUAUAAUGUACACAAACACCUCCCAUUGCAUUUGUCUCAAGCAUCCCUCACAUUUCCACUUUGUAGCUCUUGGUUAACUCCUCUCUGAAUGAGGUUUGAGCUUCUAAUGGCCAGAUGGCAGUUCAUUAACCAUGGGGUUAAGCCAAACCCAUCCUACCAAAUAAUCUAAUCACAAAGCAUCUAAUUCUUGGAUAUCAUUAUCCCUCGUAAAAUAAGACCAAUAUUGUCUUAAUGAGAAACAGUUCAAUGUAUAAGACAGUGGUCAGAUAAAUCUUUCAGAGUGCCUGAAUACGUGUCUUUAUAAACAUUUUAAAUGGCUCUUUUUUGAUCUUGCAAUAUUAGGACUUUUGUUGUUGUUGAAUUUUACCAAUAGCUAAGACUUUGAAAGAAACACUUUGAAAGAGCUUUAGCUCUCUGUACACAAGCAGGACAAUACUAUGAACUAAGAAAAAUGUAACAGGUAACCAUGAUCUUAUCUAUGACCAUUACUUCACAAAACCGAUCUGGCAUCAACUGACAUGAACAGAUUUGUUGAGAUUGUUUUUAUUUGUUUAGAUGGUGACACACGAUUCCUUAAUAAAAAACUGAAUG